UUUCCUGCCGAAUCAAAGGAAUUUUGUUAUCAAAUGUUUACUGGUGUUUGUUUUGAUGAUAAAAAUUGUCCGAACCCGAAUUUCACAAUCGUGGUCAUGAACGUGAAAUAUUUUUUUGAAUCCUGUACUUAGUUUUCGAUAAUAUUCUUAUAUAUUAUUAAACUCCUUGUUUUUUCAUCAGUGUCAUGUGUCUAAUGUGGUGAAAUCCUUGUGAAGCCCGACGUUCCUGAAAAGAUGGCACGCAUCAUAGAUGAUCUGCUCUUCGAUGUCAGAUACCACAGAUACCAUCCAUGAGGGAUAUGCCGCUGCAGGGCUUACAACAUUUUGAAACCCUGCCUGGUAUGCUAAAUAAAUCGAAGCGCCUUUUGCUUGGCUUCUUUAUUCUGCUUAUAGUGGAUUUUGUCUGGGUGUCUUCCUCCGAACUAACCAAGCAAUUUUUUCAAGAAGAAAAUAUUGAAAACCCUUUCUUCUGUACUUAUGUGAAAACAUGUCUCCUCACUUUUUAUUUACUCGGUGCUUAUUUUUCCUCACAAUGGAGAGAGCAAUGUAAUAAAUCUCCUGAUUAUUUGCAUUUGGAUUCUGAAAUUGAGGAUGAUGGAACUCCGUUAGAUGCCCAUGCUAAUUUGAGUCCUCCCAUUUUUGUUCCAAUCAAGCAGAAUAGAACACCAACUUCUGGCACAGAAGAAAGUGAUGAUGGAAGUCAAAACAAAGCUGUCCGUUUCAGCAAAGUUGCAGAGGUACGCCACAUGUCAGAGCAUGAUGCCAAAGCUGCUUUAUUUGCAAGAUUAUCUUACCAUGCUAGUUUACGGGCAGGAGAAACCAAUAGAUACUUAUCAGAGCGAUUUAAAAUGGAGCAAUCACUUAAACUGUCCUUCGUGUUUUGUUUUUUGUGGUUUUUAGCCAAUUAUACUUAUCAAGCAGCAGUAUCAAGGAUUGGAACUCAGAUGCUAGUGAUUGUUGCGUCCUUUUCUAGUCUUUUUACCUUAAUUUUCUCACCUAUUUUUUCCUCUAAUUCCAAUGAUAGAAUUACCUUAUCAAAGACUCUAGCAACUCUAAUCUGUAUUAUUGGAUUGGGUCUAGUCAGUUUUGCCAAUGAGUCAAGCAAAGGGAGCUCUGUUUCUAGCAGCUUGGCUCAAUGUUUAGCAGUAUUCAGUGCAUUUUUUUAUUCUCUCUGUCUUGUUUUUCUCAAAAAACACAUGGAGCAAGAGGAGAGGUUAAUAAAUUUACAACUUUUCUUUGGUUUCAUUGGUCUAUAUACUGUACUGCUGCUGUGGCCAUUAUUUUUUCUCCUGCACUAUAGUGAGUGGGAAACUUUUAAGUGGCCCAGUAAACAUCAAUGGCUGUUUUUAUUUAUCAACGGCCUUGUCAGUACUAUGUUCUCCCAAGUUUUAUGGCUGUGGAGUUGUUUCCUAACGUCUCCAUUGAUAGCUGCCACUGCUAUCGCCUUGACGGUACCUUUGGAAUCAAUGAUAGACAUCUUUUUUUACAAUGUCAGUUACGCAUCAAUGUUCUACAUCGGUGCUCUCUUGAUCAUCUCCUCCUAUUUUUCCCUCUUUUUCAUGGCUCAUCUUCAAAAUAAGGAUCCUGUUCUUGAGCUUAUUUCUAAUUUUGUCUGCCUUUUCAAACGCACAAAAAUAGUAAGGAUUUCUGAAAGCGAUAUGGAGCAGAGGGAAUCUUUAAUAGGAGUUGUUGACUGUGAUACAAAUGAUGAACAUGAAGCGUAGCCGCUUGAUCUUCCUCUAGUUUCAUCAUCUACAUUUUACCAAUUCUGCACACGGCAAGAUUCUAACUUCUUUAUUCUUAGAUUAUUAAGGUGUUUUUCUUCAUUUUUCUGUACCAGAUAUUUUUUUUUAGGUAUAGACCCAAGACCAUUUUCCAUACUGAAAUUUUUGUUUACUUAUCAUAAACUGUUGCCUAUGCCUUUUCUGACUUAAUACAUUUUAACUUUUAUCUUCAGUUUAGUUGAGCUUUUAUAUAAAUGACAAGUACAUACAUGUGCAUCUCAAAAAAGAGAGAGCAUACCCAGAAAAAAUUUGAUAAUCUCUUGUUUUAAAUUACUAAGUUCAUUUCUUUUUAUUGCAGUCAAAAGUGAUUAUCUUAUGGACUGGACUGUUGAGAUAGACUAUUUCAUUCUCUCUCUUUCCCUCUCUCCUUAAUUUGUUCUAUUCUAGGAACUAAGUAAUCUCUUUUUCUUUUACACUGACUUAUACCUUUCAUCUCCAUUUUCAUUCUGGAAGGGAAAAAUCCAAAGUUAGAACCAACGCUUUUGAUGCUUAGAGCUCUGGGUUCCAAAAUUUUGUUAUUUUUUAAUAAAUCUCAUUUCUUAGACUGAAACGUAACUAAAUAAUGAUUAUUGAGGAAAAAGGUCAACAAUGGAGAAGAAUUAGUAGUAGUAGCAAUAGUAGUAGUCAGAAAGUCUCAACUAAUCAUUAAACCCGAAAGCCUUCUGAUAAAUUCCUGGUGUCCGUUCAAUGAAAAGCUUCAACCACUGAAAAGACUCUUGAGUUACCUCAGAAAACUCUGGCUUGUGAUUGGCUGAAAGCUUGAAAAAUCGGAAGACUUUUAAGCUUAGUGACAAAAUCCUGAUCUCUUAUUUUUCGUGAGGUAUGUUGCCUUGUCUUCAGUCAGAGGACUUCAAAAUCACAGGACUGUCAAAUGACAGACGUCCUGUAAAGAUGACACUGUCCCUACAUCAAAAUAUCCUAACUUGUACGCUGUCAAAAUUAAUUAUUCAUAGUUUACUUGGAUGUUGGAUAGUUUUUUUCAUGAUCUAUUCAUAAUCUUGCUUGUUAUGAAGCUCAUAUUUUUUCAAGUGGUAAGAUUAAUACGAGUACUUUGAGUGAGGAAAGAAGGCAUGAAAAAUCAGAUUUUUCGUUUGAAAUGUGAUCAAACCUCUUGAUCGAAUGCAAAGAAAAUCCUUUAGAAGAAUUUUUGCUUGAUUUUCUCCAAAGAAGUUCAAAAUUUCAAUGGAGAAUGCUCUGGGUUCAAAUGUGCUUAAAUCUCUAAUUAGGAAAUUUUCCAGGAGUGUAUUAUUAGGAUGUAACUUCUUUAAACUGCUAUGUGCAAUUUACUCUCUUUGUUUAAACAUCUACUUGGAACAAUCUGAAACGAUUUUGAUCGCAGUUUUUUUUUUCAAAGAAAAUUAAAAAUUUGCACAGUUUUGACACCCAUUAGUGUGACAUGCCGCGAUUUUUCCUUGGACUCUGCCAUAGAAAAAUUCGCCUGCUAUGUCUUGAGUCUGGAUGAGGAAGUUUUUUUUUUUAUUGCUUUUACAUUAUACCCAAUAUUAUUUUUUCCGUUGUUGUUUUUGUUAUUUUUUUAGGUUUUUUUGUUUUUCAUGUGCUCUUUCUUUUUGUUUUUUAUUUUCUUCUUAAUUUCUUUCCUUUCCUUUGACCUUUAACUGGUUUUUAAAACCACUGCUCCUCAAUUUACUCUUCAGUAAAAUUAAUUGUACCGGUGUACCCGAAGAAAUGGUUUGGGCAAGAAAAGGACUUCAUUCAAAAAACCUUAAUUUUCGUCCCCCUUAGAUUUUCUUGAUAUUUUAUAAAUGAAUUAUGUUUGAUCGAAGACAUCCUUUCCAAAAACUCUUGACCACAAGAAAAUCAGAGAAGGGGGAGAGGGAGGCAGAAAAUGGGGUGCUUUGAAUCAAGCUUUUUGACAUUUUGACCAUCUAGUCCUAGUAUCCAACUGCACUUCUUCAGGUAUGGUUUCAUGCGGAAUUUAAGCCAAAAAAAUGAGAAGUUUUGCUUGAAGCUGUAAGAACGCUAUUUUCCUGUCUUUUAUUCUUUCAAAUUUUAAAGGAGCUGAUAUCUAUGCAAUUAAAGUAGAGUAAUAAAUUAUAAUUGUAAAAUUUGACCUAAGUUCUGCACAAUGCACUUAUCAUAAAAAUCAUCUGAUGUUUCUUCAAUGUAAUUUGUGACCUCAAUUAUGUAUUUUAAGAUUUUUUUUAUCCAACUUUAUGAACCAUUAUUAAGUUGCAAGAACUUACCACGAUCUUAACCUAAAGAGAGCAGAAGGGCCAAAAACUGACGAUUCCUGGGGCAGAAUGUGAGUUGUUAUCCAAUUUCGUUCUCAUCUGUUAGUUUCAACAGACAUGUGUUAAUGAAAGAUGAAAUUAUCAUCCUCAUGAAAUGCUACAUUUCAACUUUACACACUUCUGUAAUCCGACUUUCUCUUUUGUACAAGGAAUCUUUCGGGGAAAACGAUUUUAGACAAAAAAGAAAUAAAAAAAAAACUUUUUCGUAAACUAGGGGGUUUUAUCACUCUGUUGGAUGUCAUGAUUAUUUGUUGACUUACUUCUUUGUUGUGGUCCGAUCCAUUGUUUGUUCCAACAAAGGAUCGGACCACAAAAAAGAAGUAAGUCUACAAAUAAAAAACAACCCGUUGAGGUCGGAGUCAGGGCUUUUAUUAUAGUUCAUAUCAACAGGACCCAAAACAUAACUGCUAGCCUGAUUUGGUAUAAAUUGGUGGUAAUAGUUAAGAUAGUGUUUGCAAGCAAUAGAGAAAAUCUUAGUGACCAAAUUAUUCAAAUUCGGAAAGAACAGUAUUUUUUCUAGAUAAUACACAGAAACUUGUUGUUGGAUGCUCCUUGAAAUACUAUAUUCCUUUGAUGUACUUGCUGAUUUCAUACCAUGAGUGUUGUCCACAUGGUCUUCGUUGUAUUUGAACUUAGUUCUUUUAUAUUUUUAUAGUCAGAGAUUUAUUUUUUAGUCACAUUUCACAAGGUCUACAAAGGUAUCCACAGUUACUUAAAGCCUAGUAGCUUUAAUCUGUUUUUGUAAGAUUGUAUAAUUUUUGCAAAUAUUUUUAGGGCAUUAUAUUUUAAGACAGUCUUUGAUUUUUGAAGUUCCGUACAAAAAAGAAUAGGUAGCAAAAUAACCUUCCCACCUCUAAAUUCCUAUCAUGACUCUCCAGUUUGUAUUCUGUGAUUAUAAUUUCUGUACAUCCUAGUCCCUUCCUAAGCUCUGAAAAGUAUUUUCCCAUUAGGUAGCAUUUUGUAGAACUAUUAGUCUACUAAUUUUCUCCAAUAUGUGUUGAUGGAUUGUUGUUGGAUUGUGUAAUUCUGGUUUUGCUAUCAAUAUGUAUCUAUUUGGUGUGCACCAAAAAAUAACUGUAAGCAAAGCUUUGCCCACCAAAUUAUACUUUAGUGAUUAUACUGGAAGCUUUCUUUUAAAUCGAGGCUUAUAUUUUUAUCGUUUCACUUUCAUUCUUUUCUUAAAAAAAGAAAUAAGAAAUUUUUCAUCAAUUUUUAAUCUUUUAAGACUCAAUUAAUGCAUUUAACAUUAAAAGUACCAAUUUACUAUUUCAGAAAGGGUAAAAACGCAUUAUUCCUACUUUAAAACUGAAAAUUUCAAAGUAUGAAUUAGAAUUACGAUUAUGAUUGUCCAUGAGAGAGGAACUAUUUCACAUUCUGUCGUACAUUGUACGAAGUCAUGGAGGAAUUUUCUAGGAGAGUAGGUAAUUCUUAUCAAGAUGUGUUGAAAAAUCGGUUUUUGAGUUUUUCAGUUGCACACUCCCUAGUAUCCCAAAUGAUAAGUUGCCAGCAGUCAAGUUCAAUUUUUUGCCAGCAAAGGAUGUGAAGUUCCACCAAAA